AUGUUGAAAAGUCGAAUUGAAAAGGAUGUGAUCUUGAAAGACUCUUAUCUCAUAACCUGGUUUCAAGAGGCCUCGGUCUUAAACGCUCGCGCCAAUGAAUUGUUGAUAAUACUGCGGGAAGCUCACGUUCAUGACGCAUAUAUUGUACGGUAUUGUUCCGAUUUAGCGGGUCACAGUGAUAAAUCAAAAGAACUUCUGAGAAGGGUGCAGGCAGAGGUUACGAAUGAAUGGAGUGAAAUGGAUGACGCCGAAGUGCUGAAUAAUUUCAUGUUGAGAAAGUUUUCCUUCGAUGAUCCUGUGUAUUCAAAAAAUUCGAAGAUCAAGUCCCGGAAAUAA